AUGAUGAGCGAAGCUGUGAGCAGCGUCUACCCAGGCGAUUACGCAGAUGAAGUCAUCCGUGAUCUGCUGAAAUCGGCCAUCACGGUCAAUGACACGCCCUUCACAGGAGAGGGCAAUCAUUCGAGCUGGCAGGCCGUGAAAAUGACGCCCGCGACGCCUGUGCACGCCCUCCGCGUCCACGACAAGUGCUGCAAGGAGACGAAGCCUUCCCUGGAGGCCGCUGGCGGCACUGCCUCGAGCGCAGCCGAGGGCUUCACCAAGGCUAUGAACGAGUUUGUGAAGAGCCAGAGCGAGGAGAUCGGCCUCGCGUUCUUUCCCAAGGACGCCCUUCCCAACGUAGAUCAGUUGAUCAAAUGGGAAGCUGCCGGCAAGGUGGCUGCCGAGAACGGGCGCCCCUUCCUGGGCAGCACGGAUGGAGGCGAUCUCCAGGUCCCCCACCGGCCCGCCUGGUCCCGGACCCCCGUCAUCGAGGCGAUGCCCGCCGAGGGCUCUUGGGAAGAUCGGCUCAAGGCGAGCUUCGAGGUCCGCAAGGCCAGAGCUGCAGAGGAGAAGACAACGUUCCACGGAUUUGCGACUUUCAUCGGUCAUUUGUAUUCGUGGGACAUGAAACUCUGCUUCGCCCAAGUCUGCACGGCCACUGAGCUGCUGGCGUACAUCUUCCUCGUCGCAAAAGUGGCCGAGGAAUCCGGAGGCGUCAACGCCGCAUAUCAAUAUGAUCUGCUGGCGCGGAGAGAGAUGGCUCGUGCCUUCGAGAACGGCGAGGACGCCACAGCCAAGUGGUAUUUCACGAACUUGGACCGGGACAUGGUCCGGGAGGCCAGGGACAAGGCUGGCGAUGCCCUCGCCCGCGCCAGCAAGAAAGGAGGUGGCCGCGGGGCAGGGUCUGCCGCGUCCGCGCCCACAGUUGCAGGGCAGUCUCGGGGCGGCAAGACGUUCCCCAAGGGAGGUGCUGCCGACAACCGCCAGGUCAUUUCUCCCAGCCGCCACCGUUCGAGGACGCCAGCUCAGACCGGCAGGGGCGGCGGCAAGGGCAAGACCGGCAAAGGCGAGCACCGCUCCAGCUGGACCAGCAAGUCCGACUGGGGCGGCUGGAAGGAUCGCCGCUGA